UCAACACACACGGCACAGACCCGAACCGGAAGUGAUGCGGAACUGAUGAAAACAGUAAAUAAAAAAUCAUCGGCAGUCCUUGCUUCCUUUUAACACGGGGAAUAUAAUCAGCGACGAUGACAAACGUGUACUCUUUCGAUGGAAUUCUUGUAUUUGGAAUUCUUUUCGUUUGCACAUGCGCAUACCUCAAGAAGGUCCCUCGCCUAAACACUUGGCUCUUGUCAGAGAAGAAGGGUGUCUGGGGAGUGUUUUACAAAGCUGCAGUGAUAGGAACAAGGCUUCAUAUUCCUGUUGCAGCGAUGUGUAUGUUUAUGGCAUUUUACCUGAUUUUUCUGAAAUGACCCGGAUGGAUCAGUUUUAUGGACAAUGGACUAUUGAAUGCCAAAAGAAAUGUAAUGCUGGCAAAUAUUGCCAGCAACUGAUGAAGAUGGUGCUCCACCUGCUCCCGAUGUUGGUAGAAGCAUCAGCACAACUUUGACUUAAGACCUGCUUUGCAUUUUGUAAAUGUUUAGGUAAAGAUUGGAUUUUGGGGACUUUGAUCUUUGAUCAACAUAAUAAUAUUGGUUACUAGUAAUGGUGAGAAAAAAUACAUUCAAAGUUAAGAAGCUUGGGGACUUCACUUGUGUACAAACUACAUUUCUUUCCUGUGUUUUUUUCCUUUACAAAUGCAGAAGUAACACUUGGACUUAUAGGGGUAUUCAAACAAAACAAAGUUAGGAAAAAUAUUAUCUUAGAAUUAUUCAUGUCUCUUUAAUUAACAAAGUUUAGAUAUUAUUUCAGGGUUUUGGUAUUAUCAUAGCAUGUCAAGUGACCCCAAAUAUUUAUAAUAAAGUUCUACAAGAUCUGUAA